AGGGGGGUGAGCCGCGGCGGCGAAGAGGUGCCAUGGACCCCGCGGACAACAUCGAGACGGGGGGGAGCAAAGGCAGCCCGGAGCCGCGCUACAUGCUCAUCCCGGCGGGGGCACCGUGCAAGAAGGAGCAGGAGAAGCUGUCGGGGGUGGUUAAAAGCGUACACAGAAGACUGCGUAGGAAGUACCGAGAAGUGGGGGACUUCGACAAGAUUUGGCGGGAGCACUGUGAGGAUGAGCAGACGCUGAGCCAGUACGCCUUGGCCAUGAAGAACCUCGCCGACAACCACUGGGCCAAGAACUGUGAAGGGGAAGGACGCAUCGAGUGGUGUCGCAGUGUCUGUCAGGAAUAUUUCUUGGACGGUGGGAUGAAGAGAAUGUUGGAGAAGGAUGAGAAAAGAGCCAGGCUCGCCAUAGGUCUGACUGGAGCGGGCCUGAUCGACCAGCCAGAGGGCGUCGUUCCUGGUUCAGUCUCUCAGUUUGGGAAAAUGCGGCUCCUGGAUGUGGGAAGCUGCUUCAACCCCUUCCUGAGGUUUGACGAGUUUCUGACAGUCGGUAUUGACAUAGUGCCUGCAGUCGAGAGUGUCUACAAGUGUGACUUCCUCAACCUGCAGCUGCAGCAGCCUCUCCAGCUAGCAGGUGACGCCGUGGAGGCCUUCCUCCGCCAGCUCCACAACCCCAUUGACGUCCUGCCCGCUCAGCUGUUUCACGUGGUGGUCUUCUCCCUGCUCCUCUCCUACUUCCCUUCGCCCUACCAGCGCUGGAUCUGCUGCAAGAAGGCCCACGAGCUGCUGGAGCUGCACGGUCUGCUGCUCAUCAUCACACCCGACUCCUCCCACCAGAACCGACACGCCCUUAUGAUGCGCAGCUGGCGUGUGGCCGUGGAGUCGCUGGGCUUCAAGCGCUUCAAGUACAUCAAGUUCCCCCACAUGCACCUCAUCGCCUUCCGCAAGGUGUCGGUGGCGACCACCAGCGACCUGGUGUCACGCAACUACCCCGAGAUGCUGUACAUCCCGCAGGACUUCCACUCCCACGAGGAGGAGGAGGACUACGCCGACGUCCCCGUGCAGCCCCGCUCCGACUUCGAGGAUGACCAGCUGGCCUGGGGCUUCACGGAGCUCCCCGACACGCCCUACGACUCAGACUCCGGAGAGAGCCAGGGAAGCUCUGUGCCCGGCUUCCACGAGCUGGAGGACCCCAUCCUGCUUCAGAGCUAGAUGGGAAAAGAAAGCAAACAACAAAAAAACAGCCACAGCCCCCCCCCCCCCCCCAACUUGCUGUGCUGCCAAAUGUACCCUUCUGCAAUCUCCUCCCACUCCU